CACGCACAGGCAUCAGUACCACAUCGGCCACGGAGGCGAAACGUUCGUGAGUUUUCUCGCAUCGGAAAAAUUGUAUUUUUACAUCGAAAUUUUGCAUCUUGGAUAGUGCAAAUCUCGCGUUGCAACACUUUGAUGAAUCCUACAACAUUGCAUUUUUAUCAACUGUUGCGUGUUAGUGCAUUACGGAAAUAGUGUCUUGACAUCGCUAAAAAUAAACGCUACAUUUCUGCAUUCUGCAACGCAUAUCGUUAUAUAUCGUUAAAUAAAGUAAUUUUGAAUCGUCUAUUGUGUCUGUUGAUACAAUUAAAUCAGUAGAGUCAUUGUCCAAGUAUGGCCACUCAUGUAUUCCGUGGUAUCCAAAGGCUGAACCGAGUACUAGAUGCUAGCAUAAGGGCGUUUAAUUCCACACUAAAAUGUACAGCGUCAUUGCAAACCAAAAUUGUGAAAGGUUCAAAUGGAGAGAAAUUUUUUCUAUCUAAUGAUAUUUCUUAUCCGGAAACCUUAGUUCACGAAUUUAUUUGGAACAACAUUGAAAAUUAUCCUGACCAUGUUGCUUUGGAAUGUGGCAUAAGUGGCAAGAAGUAUACGUUCGCACAAGCCAAAGAUGCAACAAAUUAUAUUGGCAGAAGUUUACGAAAUAUAGGUCUCAAAGAGGGAGAUGUACUAGCAUUAGUGGCACCUAAUUUUCCGGACACAGUGUUAGGUUUCCUCGGAAGUUUGUCAGGUGGUUUUAUUGUUACUCCAAUGAAUCCGUAUUAUACAGUUGACGAGAUGUCAAAGCAGCUGUUAAGAGCUAAUGCAAAAGCAAUUAUCACGUCAGCUUCAGUUGCAUCCACAACGUUAGCUGCAACAAGAGCUUGUCUUUCACCUGAAACACCUUUUAUUGUGAUUGACGAUAAAACUGGUUCUAUACCAGAAGGUUCGAUACCUUUUGAUGAUCUCAUAAAGCGAGGUAAAUCCUUACCACCUAUAAGUACGAGUAGAAUUUUUGAUGAUAUAGCAACUGUACCCUUCUCAAGCGGUACGACUGGAUUACCAAAAGGUGUUAUGUUGACACAUCGCAAUCUGGUGUCUAAUAUCAUGAUGUGUCAAUCCUGUUUAGACGACUCAUAUAUUCCUACUACAAGUACACAUCAAGAAGUAAUUCCCACAAUAUUGCCAUUUUUUCACAUUUACGGUUUGAAUGGUGUAGUACUUUCGCGUCUUGCUUUCGGCGCAAAAAUGGUCUUUAUUCCAAAAUUCGUACCGGAGACAUUCCUCGAUGUCUUGCAGAAAAGCAAGGCAACUUUUUUAUAUUGCGUACCACCAAUUGUAUUAUUUUUGUCAUCUUCUUCUCUUGUGAAAAUGCAACAUCUUGAAUACAUUCACACUAUAGUGAGUGGCGCUGCGCCGCUCGCCAAAUCAGACGUUGACAAAUUAUUCAACAAAUUCAAUAUUGACCCUAAUAUAAUAAAGUUUCGUCAAGGUUACGGGUUGACAGAAUGUUCAUCAGUAGCAUUCGUUGAAGACGGAAAGAAAUUUUCCAGCAUCGGAAAAAAUUUAGACGGUUGCUUAGCACGCUUAGUAAAUAUAGAGACUCAGCAAGAUAUCGUCACUCCUGGUGAAAACGGUGAAUUAUGGAUUAAGGGACCUCACAUUAUGAAAGGAUAUUUGAAUGAUGAAGCCUCAACGAAAGAAGUAUUAACCGAAGAUAAAUGGUUGAAAACAGGCGAUAUUGCUUAUUUCGAUGAAGAUUAUGAUUUUUUUAUUACUGGCAGAAUGAAAGAGCUUAUUAAAGUCAAAGGAUUCCAGGUACCGCCAGCGGAAUUGGAAGCAUUGUUACGAGCACAUCCAGAUGUAGACGACGCAGCAGUAAUUGGGAUUCCGCACGCAAAAUAUGGCGAAGUACCGAAAGCAUUUAUAGUGAUGAGCAAAGAUAAGAAACUUACCGAAGAUGAUAUUAAAAACUUUAUGAAAGAAAAGGUCUCCCACUACAAGCAACUCAAAGGCGGAGUUGUAUUUCUUGACGAGAUUCCGAAGAACGCUGCUGGAAAAAUUUUAAGAUUAAAAUUAAAAAAUGAUUAUUAGUCCUAAAUAAAGAGAGAGAGAGAGAGAGAGAAAGAGAGAUAGAGAGAGAGAGAGACAGAGAGAGAGAGAGAGAGAGAGAGUUUUGAAUAAAA